CUAUAAAUAGAUCAUGCUAAGCCUCCAUUAACGACAUCAAAGCUUAUUAUAUUCGUAUUCAAGUGAUAAGAUUAGAAUCUCUCACCGAUCAUCGUCGUCACCAACACAGACGAAGCAGCACCAAACAGUACACAGACACAGCCCUGGAGGAGAGAAAGAACUUGAUUAAAUAAAGUCAUGGAAUGGAAGAAAUAUGAUUUGGAUUUAAUGUUGGUGCCUUUAGGAGUAGUGAUAACCAUUGCUUAUCAUGUUUGGUUAUGGCAUAAGGUUCGAACCAGUCCCUUCUCCACCACCAUCGGCAUCAACGCUCAUGGCCGACGCUUCUGGGUUCCAGCCAUGAUGAAGGACAUUGAAAAGAACACCAUCUUAGUAGUGCAAACCCUACGUAAUCUGAUAAUGGGAUCAACUUUGAUGGCCACCACAUCCAUCCUCCUCUCCGCUGGCCUGGCCGCCGUGAUAAGCAGCACCUACAGCAUUAAGAAGCCUCUCAACGAUGCCGUUUUUGGGGCCCACGGCGAGUUCAUGCUGUCCCUAAAGUACGUGACAAUACUCACCAUCUUCCUCUUCUCAUUCUUCUGUCACACUCUGUCUAUUAGGUUUCUGAACCAGGUGUGCAUCCUCGUGGCCACUCCACAAGACCUAAAGUCCAUUAUAACCCCACAGUACUUGACAGAGCUUCUGGAGAAAGGAACCAUAUUAAACACUGUGGGAAAUAGGCUUUUUUACGCAGCACUUCCUCUUCUUCUUUGGAUCUUUGGUCCUGUGCUUGUUUUCUUGUGCUCGAUGGCCAUGAUUCCUGUGCUUUACAACCUUGACUUUGUUUGUGGGAGCGACGGCAGAGGGAAAGUUGACUUCAAUGGAACAAGGGAUGUUAAUGACUAUGUUUUAUGAGAAAUUCUUUGGACUAAAUAUGCAUAAUUGAUCAAAGUGUAAGCGUAAAUGUUUCAAUAAGUUUUGUCCAUAGGAUAUGCUAAAAGUGUGUUUGGUUUCACCUUGGAAAGUAACAUAUCGUGGUUUUUAAUGUGAUACCGAAUAUGUAUUAAAUGGGACGAUUCAAUGGUUUAUCAAUUGUUGUUUAGAUUGGAUUAA